AUGGGCGCUGCCCUGCUGCUGCUGGCGGCGUCAGGUGCAGUUGCCACGGAGGACGGCAAGUGCAGCGCAGAGCCCCCGGCCGACGGCAGCAAGGCCGACUGCGGGUGCUCUGGGGACUUCAAGGGCGAGUGGUACGGCGAGUUUUUCCCGGGCAUCCCGAAAAUCAAGUACGAGGGACCCAAGAGCACCAACCCCCUGGCCUUCAGGUACUACAAUGCUGAAGAGGUCAUCAGCGGCAAGACGAUGAAGGACUGGCUGCGCUUCAGCGUGGCGUUCUGGCACACCUUCCGCGGCGACGGCGGGGACCCCUUUGGGUCUGCCACCAAGCGGGCCUUCAGGGCCAUGCAUGCCAAUUUUGAGUUCAUGGACAAGCUUGGGGUUGACCUGUGGUGCUUCCAUGACAGGGACAUCGCCCCUGAGGGUGACUCCCUGGAGGAGAGCAACCGCAACCUCGACCAGGUGGUGGAAGUGGCCCUUGAGCUUCAGAAGGGCACCCGCAUCCGGCCCCUCUGGGGCACCGCGCAGCUCUUCAAGCACCCCCGCUACAUGCACGGCGCGGCCACCAGUCCAAACGCCACUGUGUUCGCCUACGCAGCGGCCCAGGUCAAGAAGGCAAUGGAUGUGACUCAGCUGCUGGGGGGACAGAACUACGUAUUCUGGGGUGGUCGUGAGGGAUACCAGUCGCUGCUCAACACUGACAUGGCCCUGGAGCUUGAUAACCUGGCCAGGUUCAUGCGCCUGGCCUCCGAAUACAAGAAGCAGGUGGGGUGGGACGCCACCCUGCUCCUCGAGCCCAAGCCGCAGGAGCCGACGAAGCACCAGUACGACUGGGACGUGGCCACCACCGUCAGCUUCCUCAGGAAGUAUGGCCUCGAGAAGGAGUUCAAGAUCAACGUCGAGUGCAACCACGCCACGCUCUCAGGCCACAGCUGCGAGCAUGAGCUGGAGACGGCGCGCAUCAACGGUGUCCUCGGCAACAUUGACGCCAACACGGGGGACCCUCAGACCGGGUGGGACACCGACCAGUUCCUCGUUGACCCGCGUGAGGCCACGCUCAUCAUGCUGGCGGUCAUCCGCAACGGCGGCCUCGGCACCGGCGGCUUCAACUUUGAUGCAAAGCUCAGGCGCGAGUCCACCGCUCUGGUCGACCUGUUCUAUGGCCACAUCAGCGGCAUGGACGCCCUCGCCCGCGGCCUGCGCAACGCGGCGGCCCUGCUGGACGCGGGCGCGCUGACCAAGCUGCGGGAGGAGCGCUACGCCAGCUGGGGCGCCAAGGGCGGGAUCGGGCCCAAGAUCAUCGCCGGGAAGGUGGGCUUUGAUGAUCUGGAGAAGUUUGCGCUGUCUCACCCCGACCCUGCUGAUGACGUGGGCAGCGGCAGCCAGGAGCUUGCGGAGAUCCUCCUCGACAUGCACCUCUGA